UGCUAUGUUUCACUUGUAUAAAUAGGCUUUUAUGCAAUUAUGUGUGGUAGCUUGUGAUUGUAAAGAAGAAAGUGAUAGAGGAAGCGAGUGAAAUGGGUAAAAAGUUUGAGGGUUGGGAGUGUAGUUUGCAGUGCAGUGGGAACCUUUCGCCUCAGGCACACUAUCCGAUGAGGAGGUUGGAAGAAGAAGGAAGAGAUUCAGAGGGCAAGAAAGUGGUUUUGAGCGUUAUGGGAAUGAGUUGCGCUGCUUGUGCCGGAUCCAUUGAGAAAGCCAUCAAACGCUUACCUGGGAUUCGAGAGGCCGUUGUUGAUGUCUUGAACCAUAAAGCUCAGGUUCUUUACUACCCACAAAUGCUUCACGAGCAGAGGAUACGUGAGGCCAUAGAAGAUGCCGGAUUUGAGGCCAAAGUCAUGGAAGAGGACUCGAAAGACACCUCCACUCAAAUAUGCCGAAUACACGUACGAGGCAUGACUUGCACUUCUUGCUCCUCCACCAUUGAAUCUGCUCUGCAAUCCCUUCAUGGGGUGCAUAAGGCACGAGUGGCCUUAACAACUGAAGAAGCUGAAGUCUGCUACGACCCUAAGAUUGUCACCCACAACCACUUCAUGAGUGCCAUUGAAGAAACCGGGUUUGAAGCCGUACUAAUAAGCACAGGGGAACACAUAACCAAGAUUGAACUUCAAAUUGAUGGCAUUAAAAAUGAGCAAUCCCUGAAUGUCAUUGAACGCUCUCUCCAUGAACUUCCAGGUGUUGAAACCAUAGACAUAUAUCCAGACAUCAACAAAAUUUCCAUCACUUAUAAGCCGUACAUGACAGGACCAAGAACCUUCAUAGAAGUCAUAGAAUCCACAGGCUCUGGGUGUUUUAAAGCGAUUAUAUUCCCAAAUGAUGGAGGAAGAGAAGCACAAAGACAGGAGGAAAUUAAUCGGUUCUUCAAGUUAUUCAUAUGGAGUUUGGCUUUCACCAUUCCUGUUUUCUUGACAUCCAUGGUUCUCAUGUAUAUACCUGGAGUUAAACGUGUUUUGGAUAUCAAAGUUGUCAAUAUGUUGAAUAUUGGACUUCUCUUGAGGUGUGAAUUUGCUACCCCGGUGCAGUUCAUCAUAGGGAGAAGGUUCUAUGUUGGGGCAUAUAAAGCGUUGCGCAAAGGUUCUGCCAACAUGGAUGUGUUGAUAGCCUUAGGGACCAAUGCAGCAUAUUUCUAUUCUCUUUAUGUUGUGGAAAGAGCUGCUUCCUCACGGCAUUUCAAAGGCAGCGAUUUCUUUGAGACUAGCUCUAUGCUUAUUUCAUUUAUUCUAUUAGGGAAGUAUUUGGAAGUGUUGGCAAAGGGGAAGACAUCUCAGGCCAUUGCAAAGCUGAUGAACUUGACACCCGAGACAGCAACCUUAUUAACACAAGAUGAUGAGGGAAAUGUGGUUAGUGAAAGACAAAUUGAUAGCCGGUUGAUACAAAAGGAGGAUGUGAUCAAGGUUGUUCCUGGUGCAAAAGUAGCAUCGGAUGGUUUUGUCAUAUGGGGACAAAGUCAUGUAAAUGAGAGCAUGAUAACUGGAGAGGCAAAGCCUGUGGCGAAGAGGAAGGGUGAUAUGGUUAUUGGAGGCACUCUGAAUGAGAAUGGGGUUUUGCACGUUAAGGUGACAAGGGUUGGAUCAGAGAGUGCUCUCUCGCAGAUUGUUCGACUUGUUGAGUCUGCCCAAAUGGCUAAAGCUCCUGUCCAAAAAAUUGCUGAUCAUAUUUCUAAAUAUUUUGUUCCUAUGGUCAUUGCGCUUUCUCUUUCAACAUGGCUUUCCUGGUUUCUGGCUGGAAAGUUCCAUGCAUACCCAAAAUCUUGGAUACCAUCUUCCACAAACAGCUUUGAGCUUGCACUUCAGUUUGGGAUUUCAGUCAUGGUCAUUGCCUGCCCUUGUGCUCUAGGCCUAGCCACUCCUACGGCUGUUAUGGUCGGUACUGGAGUUGGUGCAACACAAGGUGUGUUGAUCAAAGGGGGGCAAGCAUUAGAAAAUGCACACAAGGUGAAUUGCAUUGUGUUUGAUAAGACAGGGACCCUCACAGUUGGGAAGCCAGUGGUUGUUACUACAAAACUCUUAAAAAAGACGUCACUUAGUAAUUUCUAUGAAUUUGCUGCUGCAGCAGAGGUGAACAGCGAACAUCCAAUAGCCAAGGCCAUUGUUGAGCACGCCAAAAAGAUUAUAGAAGAAGAACAAAAUCAUCCCUGGCCAGAAGCACGCGACUUUGCUUCUGUUUCAGGCCACGGAGUGAAGGCCAUUGUUCUAAACAAGGAAAUAAUGGUUGGGAAUAAAAAGAUGAUGUUGGAUCAUAACAUAGCCAUUUCAGCAGAAGCUGAAGAAACACUAGCAGAAGCUGAAAGCUUGGCUCAAACCGGGAUUCUAGUAUCCUUGGAUGGAGAAGUUGCUGGAGUUUUGGCUGUAUCUGAUCCACUAAAACCUGGUGCCAAAGAAGUUAUUUCCAUUCUUAAUUUGAUGAAGAUCAAGAGCAUCAUGGUGACAGGUGAUAACUGGGGAACUGCCAACUCCAUAGCAAGACAAGCUGGCAUUGAAACUGUCAUGGCAGAGGCUCUACCUGAGACUAAAGCGACCAAAAUAAAAGAAUUGAAGAGUUCUGGGUACACGGUGGCAAUGGUGGGAGAUGGAAUAAACGAUUCACCAGCACUAGUGGCUGCUGAUGUAGGAAUGGCAAUUGGUGCUGGCACAGACAUAGCUAUAGAGGCAGCUGACAUUGUUCUGAUGAAGAGCAACUUGGAGGAUACAAUAAUUGCCAUUGAUCUUGCAAAAAAAACUUUCUCUCGUAUACGUCUCAAUUACAUUUGGGCUUUGGGUUACAAUUUGCUAGCCAUCCCAAUUGCCGCGGGUGUCCUUUACUCCUCCACUAGAUUCCGAUUACCACCAUGGAUUGCUGGGGCUGCAAUGGCUGCCUCUUCUCUCAGUGUUGUCUGCUCAUCCCUCUUGUUAAAAAAUUACAGGAGACCCAGCCUGCUAAACAACUUGGACAUGAAUGCUAUCAAGAUUGAAUAAUCCAACUCACAAUUGUAAAUUUCUACAUUUUAUUUUAGAGUUAAUUAUGUUUUUAAGUCUC